AUGUCGCGUGCGCGAGUUUCGCGAUCGGUAUUGCUGCUGGUGCUCGUUGUAUUGGCGACGAGCUGCAGAGGAACCAGCGUCACGGAGGAGACGACGAUAACCUCGACUACGACGACGGGCAGUACGACGACGAACUCGAGCUUGGAGGAGACGGCACAAGUUGCGAAGCCGGGCUGGAAAAUCGCUCGGAGGAUCAUUGACGAUAGGCUGAGUCCACCUGCGCGGACCACGGAGUUCGCGGCGUGGAAUAAGAGAUUACCGCCUCUGGGGGAGAUUCACCAUCGUCUGAGUGGUAUUACCCCGCCUAGGGUCACAGAGGAGCUUUUUGACGAUAAUGGCACCGAGGUGGCCAAACCCAAGAAGACGAGGACCGUAGGGCCAACUGCAGGCGCAAGAGAAGGAGAAUCCGACAAGCCGGCCGGCUCUGACAACAAAAUUAAGUCCAGCCAGCAGCUGCAGGAGUCCGAUGACGAGCUGGACGUCGAGCGAGGGAAUAGCAUCGGUGGACCCGCACCCCGUUACCACGGAAACAGACCCUACGAAGACAGAUACGGUGGCAGUGGGUGGAAGAGCUCGAGUUACCUUGGCUACGGCAAGGAUAGAACCUACUAUGAUCAGAGGAACCAUUACGCAUACGACAGAUACGGCUACGCCCAACGGCCGUCAUCAAACUACGCAGCUGUAGACGGCGACAGGCAAGUUACAUUUACUCUUCAAUCUUCCUUCCUUCUGUACAUGUUUAUACACUGUACCGUUGCUUUUGUUAAGUGUUCUUCGGGUGACCGGUUCGGCGUGGGCAGUCGGCCGAGCAACUAUCAAGCUGUAGGCGGUGGCUAUGGCGCGUACAUCGGUGGCAACAGAAGGCCGGGUUACGGGGGAGUCAGCAGUAGCCUCGACGAGCCGGAAGCCGAGUAUCCCUUCGAGGGCGAACCGACUGGACCACCUGGGCACAACAUCGCCAAUCUGCAGACUCAGAAGGCAGUGGCGCUGAAGGCACUGGCCGGAGUCGCCCUGAUCGGCGCCGCCGCGGCUCUCGCCACCAACCCCGUCCUAUUGCCGAUCAGCGUCAUAUCCGGCCGUCGCCGCAGAAGAAAGCGCUCGUCGUCCGGCCCCGAAAUCGAAUCCGACAACUUUGCCCUCACCGCCCUGCUACAGGGCUACAUCAAACCGAAGGAGCCUAACGAGGUGGUCCAGGACCAACAGGACAGGAACGUCAGCGGUGCACCGCCAGUGGCCGGCCAUCAUCGCCAGGAAUUGGUGAUAAGUCCCCAGUGCGUGGCGAGGCUCGCCUGUCACGUGCACCGCGACUACCUCGACGAGCUGGACAAGAGCCGCGCCGAGCUCAUCAAGGGUAGUACAAACAACGGCACCAAUGGCACGGCCGUCGAGGGCAAUGCCACCUACGACGCAGCCUCGGACCUCGCCGGACUCGAGCACUGGUUCGACAGUCUGAUCCACAGUAACAUUCUAGUCGCCGAUUAUCUAUCCGACGAGCUAAAAUCUCUCAUUCAAUCGGCCGUCAUUGUUGGAUCGAACCGGAACGAGACUUGCGAUCAAUUUUCCUGUCUCAGUAGCACCGGGCACGACUUCCCGGACAAAAAGGACAAAUAACA